UCCUAAACUGAGGGGAUAUUUGAAAGUUGCAAAAUCUUCAAAUAGUAAUCAAGGCCAUUAUGAUUUAAAGCAACAAGCGAGACACCAAGGAUGGAGAUCUGUCGUCCUGGAUUAUCCAUUAUUGUGGUUCUGCUGCUGAUCAGCUGUUCACACUCAGCGUACAUCACUGACAACACAGAUUCCCUCCAUCAGCUCCUGUCAGAGUUCAGCAUCGUUCGUCCAAUCAGGACAAAUUCAGGGGGGCGUUUCCUGUCAGCAUCAGUCUCGGCCCACCAUUUACAACGCAGCAAAAGACACGCCCCCUCUGCAGAGGACACCCUUACAAACCAGGAUAUACACAUGCCCGCUGAAGCAUCCCUGUCCAACCAGACAGGGACCAACUGGAGGGGGCAUGGCCUUAUAACUGAGGAGGCGGAGCUUUUCUACAAUGUGACGGUAUUUGGUCAGGAGCUCCACCUGCGGCUGUGUCAGAACACUCGUCUUGUUGCCCCCGCCGCCACCAUAGAGUGGUGGGAGGAGUCAGGACAGAAACUCUCUCAGCCAAUCAGAGACACCGGCUGCUUCUUCACGGGAGAGGUGUCCAACAUGGAGGACACGUCGGUUGCCAUUAGCAACUGUGACGGGCUGGCUGGGAUGAUCCUGGUUGGUCGGGAGGAGUUUUUCAUCGAGCCGUUGGAUGGGAGGCAGACAGGUUGGGGAGGAGAGGAGGAGGAGGAGGAGGAGGGAGGAAGAAAACACAUUGUGUAUCGCUCCUCAGCCGUCAUCAAGAAACAACCAGCUGUCAAUCAAACUGCAGCUGUCAAUCAAACUGCUGAUGACUUCCUUAGAGGUCCUCUGUUAGGCUCUCUAAACUUCACCCAGAAUGUAUUGAGGUCCAGACCGGACCCAGCUCGACGCAGGCGCUACAUUGAGGAGGCUGAGCUGUUUAACAUCGAGGUCCUGUUAGCAGUGGAUUACUCUGUUCUUCUGUUCCAUGGACGAGACCACAUCCAGAAGUAUCUCCUCACGCUCAUGAACAUUGUGAAUGAGAUCUAUCAGGAUCACUCUCUGGGUGCAAACAUCAACGUCGUCCUGGUCAGGAUCAUCAUGCUGUCUCCCACAAAGUCUCAGGAGCUGAUCUCUGUGGGCAACCCUCAGAAGAGUCUGGAGCACGUCUGUGGGUGGUCCUACCUCCAGCAGAGGGAGCAGAGCCACGCCGAGCAGCACGACCACACCAUCUACCUGACCAGGCAGGAGUUCGGCCCCUCCGGCAUGCAGGGUUAUGCUCCGGUCACAGGGAUGUGUCACUUACAUCGCAGUUGCGUCCUGGUCAUUGAAGACGGGUUUUCCUCGGCCUUCGUAGCUGCUCAUGAAACAGGACACGUGUUGGGGAUGGAGCAUGACGGGGAGGCUAAUGACUGUGAGGAUGACGUGGAGUUGGGCAGCAUCAUGUCUCCUCGGGUUCAGGCCACCUUCCAUCGGUACCACUGGUCGCGCUGCAGCUGGAGGGAACUGCACCAGUACCUGCACAAAUACGACUGUCUGCGUGACGACCCCUUCAACCACGAGUGGCCGGCUCUGCCUCUGCUGCCGGGUUUCCAGUACUCCAUGGACCAACAGUGCCGCUUCGACUUUGGACCGGGAUACAGUCUGUGUACAGUCUACACAAACCUUGACCCCUGUAAGCAGCUGUGGUGCAGCGAGUACAGUAACCCGUUUUACUGUAAGACCAAGAAAGGCCCCCCUCUCGAUGGGACCAAGUGUGGACCAGGAAGGCACUGCUUUAAGGGUUACUGCAUGAGGCUGACCCCCGACAUGCUCAGACAAGAUGGCGGCUGGGGAACAUGGAGUCCAUACGGGAGCUGCUCCAGGACCUGCGGGUGCGGGGUCAGGUUUCGGAUCCGCCGCUGCGACAACCCAGCUCCAGCUAACGGUGGGCGCACCUGCUUCGGAAACAGCUACGAGUUCCAGCUGUGCAACCAAGAAGAGUGUCCCCCCCUCACUGACUUCAGAGAGGAUCAGUGUAAAGUCUGGAACCCAUUUUAUGAACAUGAAGGAAUUAAACAUCACUGGCUGCCUUACCAACACCCGGACCCUGAUGAGCGCUGUCGUCUGUACUGCCAGUCGAAGGAGACGGCGGCCGUGGUUUCCAUGAACAGAAUGAUGCAUGAUGGGACGGCGUGUUCCUACAGCGAUGGCCACAGCGUGUGCGUGCGAGGAGAGUGUGAGCACGUGGGCUGUGAUGGACAGAUUGCUUCAGACCAGCAGGAGGACCGGUGUGGAGUCUGUGGAGGAGAUAACUCCAGCUGUAAGAUCAUCAAAGGAAACUUCACUCGCAGCACCAAGAAACCAGGCUUCCUGAAGAUCCUGGAGAUCCCCAAAGGAGCCCGACACCUGCUGAUCCAAGAGUUCAAAGGGAGCCCUCACAUCCUGGCUAUGAAGAACACGGAGAUGGGUAACACCUUCCUGAACCAUGAAGACGAGCUCCCAGAGUCCCGGGUGCUGAUUGAGAAAGGGGUGUUGUGGGAGUACAGCAACACGGAGGAGCUGGAGUACAUCCAGACAUCAGGACCCCUGAGAUACGGAGUCCUGCUGAUGGUUCGCUCCCAUGUGGACUCAAAGGUGACGGUGUCCUACAAGUAUGUGAUCCAGGACCGUCUGCGGUCCUCGCUGGAGUCCAACCUGCUGCAGGAGGACGCCAUCUUCUAUGAGUGGGCCCUGAAAAAGUGGUCUCACUGCUCUAAACCCUGCGGAGGAGGGAAACAGUAUACAAGGUUUGGCUGCAGGAGGAAGGCAGAUGGGAAGAUGGUCCACAGGAUGUUCUGCUCCAACAUCAACAAACCCAGAGCCAUCAGCCGCAACUGCAACAGCAAUGCCUGCAGUUCGCCAAGCUGGGUGACCGGAGAAUGGGAGGACUGCAGCGCCUCCUGUGGUCAGACAGGGUGGCAGCGUCGCUGGGUGAGCUGCCAGCAGGUGUCCGGCUCAGAGGCAGGGCAGCAGAGGCAGCAGCGGUCGGUGAACAGCAAACUCUGUACCGAGGACCGACCAGAGGGCAAACAGACCUGCAACCGUGUCCCCUGCCCCGCCGCCUGGAGAGCUGGGCCCUGGACCCCGUGUUCUGUAUCUUGUGGAAACGGGACUCAGGAGCGUCAGGCCGCCUGUUCUAGUCCUGAGGGUUUGGCCAAGAACUGCAGUGACCGUCCACCAAUCACAACCCGCACCUGCCAGGCCCCACCCUGUAGCGGUGACCAAAAGAUCUCCAUCGUUCAGUGGCUGUCCAGGAGCAACACAAACUUUACAGCUCCAAGAACCUCCAGGCAACGUUGCCGUGGUGACCGCUCAGUGUUUUGUCGGAUGGAGGUGUUGAGUCGGUAUUGCUCCAUCGCUGGGUACCAGCAGAUGUGUUGCAAGUCCUGCAGCGAGAUCAACUCCACCAACUCCACCAACCCAAAAAACCAAACCAACUCUACCAACCCCAGCAACUCCACUAACUCCUCCAACUCUACCAACCCCAGCAACUCCACUAACUCCUCCAACUCCACCAACCUCAGCAACUCCACUAACUUCUCCAACUCCAACUUCAGCCCAACAAAGCCCCCGGCUGCCAGUUCGCGGAGUUUAGCAACAGAGAUGACAACCUCUGCGGCUUCGUCCUCAUGGAUCUAUAACAGCCCCAUUGUCAGUAACAUCAUCAGCACUCCACCCCCAGAUGUCAAAGUAACUCCGCCCCCAACCAUCAGGAGCAGCACUGACUUCAUCUAUGUGGACUACGAUGAUUAUGAUGAUUAUUCUACAUAUGAGGAUCCUUACAUCACCUCCAACUCUGACCAGAUCCUUCCAACUACUACUUCUACUAUCUUUACUACCACUCCUACUACCACUACUACCACUACAAGACCCCCAAGAAGAACAGCCCCCCCACAUUUAUUCAGGAGGAAAAUGACCGCUGUCACAACUAGGCGCCCACGGAGAACUGCUCCACCACAUUUAUUCACGCAGUACUUCAGGAGGAAAACUACCACUCCCACAAUGCCUUACUCUACAGCUCUUACUGAGGGUCACAGUCCAUCAUUAGCACCAAUCAGGACAUCCACUGUCCCAGAAUUCCCCACCACAAUUGAUGACUCUCUGAUCACUACGACAUCAUCACCAAAUACAACAUCAGGGGGGCGGAGCCUUCAGACUGAAGGUUAUCUUAUAGAGACUGAACCAACGCCAACAUCCUCGCCCUCCUUCAUCCCGCUCGCCAAGAAGGACAACAACUCGGUGGACGAGGUCCCGUACCGGAUCGUGGGAUUGGAAGCUGACUCCAGCAGGGGGCAGCAGAACUACUUUGUGCCACGGAUGCCGCCGUUCCGCGAGCGAACACAGAACAAGCGCAUCCAGCAGCUCCUGAACGAGAAACGACGACAGGACCUUCUGAGGAGGUCGAACAGGAGCAGGGAGGGCAGGACUGACAGGAAACGGGGUCGACUGUAAAAUAAACUUCAUUGUUCACUCCUCACGCAGCAUGUUCAGCUCACUUCCUGCUAACGCUAACAAACUCUCUACGAGAGACAGAAACAAACUGCGCGAUGAUGGAUCUCCAGGCUAACAGCCAUGUUUGUCUCAAAACAUCCAGCUGUCCUUACAUUCAGAUUGAAUCUUCCUGAGGUCUGGACCUGAUCCAGGAGGUUUACAGUGAGAUCAGAAUGUAGAAAUGUUUGCUUCAUUCUUCUUUACUAAAGCUGUGUUCAGUCCAAAAGAGGAGCUUGUCUUGGUCUCAGGGUUCUUCAGGUGGAGGAUCUGUUUGUGUGAAUUACCUGGGUUAACAUCACUCUUUUAUUUUCAUCCUUCACUCUGACCAGUUGAUGAUCGGUUAGCUAGGACCAGGACUACCAGAGUUCUGUUUCAGCUCUGGAGCUCCUGUCCACUGAGUCUCAGUUUCACUGUAUCUAACAGGUAACACUUAAGUCAGCUGAAAUCUGUCUGACUACAACGCUAUGAAGCCAAAGGAACAGAUGUUAGUCUGGAUUUAGGAUUUGUCAGGUCUUUCAGCUAAACAAGAAGCAUUAACUGAACAGUAAUAAAAACAGGGUUUGAUCUGACCUGAAACAGAGUCAGGAUGUCAGGGAACUCUCAGCUCUGGUGGGCGUUAAUACGUUUGAAAAAAGUCACCUUGAUUCUUGUUCUAGCUUCAAACACUUGUCCACAAAAGUCUCUCACUUUUUCAUGACUCUGAAGACGAGCUUUGCUUUCGGUCUGAACACGGCGUUAGACUUCAGACUCGUUCUUGUUCAUGCUGUUUGUACAUCAUUAUUCACUUUAUAAAUAAAGCAAGGGCUCAUGCAGCAGCUGAUGUCAUCACGACUCAUGAAAACCCAUUCAACUCUCA